AUGGGUUCUGGAGAGGAAAUGGGCCCAGAUCUCUCGGCGACUUUCGGUAGCCAGGUCCUCAUGUUUGAUUUUAAGAUGGAUGCGGCUCAGAAUCGCGUCAUCAAACUCAAUGGCCCGGUUCGAAAUAAGGAAAAGAAUGCCCGCAUAGUAUUCCGGUUUCCGAAGAAAAACGGUCAGAAGGCGGUUAUGCGCAUCAAGAUAGGAGAGUCAGAUGAAGGCAUUUGGAUUAAGAUCGUUGCUCUUCUUGUCGAGUCCACUCCUCCAUUCUUGACCAAGCGCCAUUUCUCCAUACCACGAGUAGCUUUAUUCUGGUUCCAAGGGGUGCUGAAGAGUAACCCAAAAACGUGGCGAGAUCUGGGACGCUAUGCAAGAGAGGUUCUCACUACCCAAGACACUCAGCGAUUUGCCCUGGGCUUUACUCUGUGUGGGUCAAUUACGCGACUGUGGGAGUUUGAUCGCGCGGGAGCCGUCGCGUCGUCUCCCUUCAAUAUCCAUGAGGAUGGGCUCCGGUUUGUCUCAGCCAUGCUGGGAUUUCUUCUGAUGAAUGAUACACAGUUAGGAUAUGACCCCACCAUCAUGUGCACAUCGGAUUGGAGGAAAUCCAUCAACAUUACACGCAACGGACAGCCGGAGCGUCUUAUGUUCGACGGAUUCGUCAAGCGGGUCCCAUAUGUUGCUGGCAGAGCCACAACCUGCUGGAAAGCCCACCGUGAAGGGGACAAGACUAAUGCGCGGCUCGUCAUCAAAGACUUGGAGCAGUAUCCAAAGCGAGGUGAGGAAGGUAAACUUCUCACUGAGGCGACAGAGAAAGAUGUGGUAAACACUGCAAGGUAUUACUAUCAUGAAACGGUGCAAGUAGGUGGAAAAGUCGAUGAUAUCUGUGACAACGUUCGCAAAGGACUCGUCCAAUGUUUCGCUGCGCUCUAG